ACACGGAAGAGUUCAUUCAGAGUGUGUGUGAGGGAACACUAAAAUCUCCUCCAGUACACAGAAUUCCCAGGUCCUACACGGACAGGCUCUUGCUUUUUCUUUUUUUCCCGGGAAAAUGUUGAUGUAAAGUUUCUCCAAAUGCGCCUUGGCACUUUUUCCGCGUCUCCCGGUGGCUUGAAGUUGAAAUGUUCGCCGAAAAAUCAUUUUAUGGACUGGUUUUCGUCUGUCUAACUAUUUCCCCGCUUACUCUCGCCGAGAAACCCGAGGAUGGCUGUGGCCAGUCGGAUCUGGGUCCACAGAGUGGUUUCCUGUCCUCAAAGAACUAUUCGGAGUAUCCCAACAGCUCGGUGUGUGAGCGGAAGCUUCGUGUCCACAGCAGCCUUAGGAUCGUGAUAAAGUUUGAAGACGUGUCCAUCGAGGGGGUGGACUGCCAGACUGACUAUUUGAAGAUUUUGAUGGAGAAAGAUGGGACGCCUUUCGUGUACUGGCAAUAUUGUGGAGAGACGAAAUCUCACCCCACGCCGACCGGCCAGCCGCUUUACACCGACGCCAGCGAGCUCACAGUGAGCUUCCGCUCCAGCCGUCACUCCUCAGACAGAGGCUUCCGGCUUUCCUACAGCACCGUGAACCACACAGAGUUGCUGACAUGCACAGACAAAGGCAGCCAUUUCUUCCUUCCUCACUACAGGAAGUUGUGUCCGGCCGGAUGUGGAGCAGCAGCGGGUGACGUGCAGGGAGACAUUUCUCAGGGCUACAGACAUACAUCAGUUCUGUGUAAAGCUGCGGUCCAUGCAGGAAUCUUUCCGGACCAGUUUGGGGGAGAGGUUACAGUGGAGGAGCAGCGUGGCCUUCGCUACUACGAGUCAGUCCAAGCCAAUGGCAUCAAGUCCAAAACCGGCUCUUUGUCUGAAACUCUCUUCACAUUCGUCACCAAUGAUUGUUCCAGACAGAUGGUACUUCAGCCCAUAUCUGUUACCUCCUCAUGGGAGAAGGAUGUAUUCGAUGGGACUCGGAGCGACUGGUCUCCAGGCCUCGGCCGCUCUGUCCCCCCGACAGGAAUCUCAGACAUGGAGUCUGACAGUAAACGCUGGCUCCAGAUCGACCUGGGAGAGAAGAAGAGGAUCACAGGAAUUUUAACCAAAGGUUCAGAGUUCGGUGACUUUGUGAAAAGCUACAAGAUCCUGUAUAAGGAGAAGAGCCGCUGGCGCACGUACACUCGGUACAACAGCUCCGAGGAUAUGAUAUUCGAAGGGAAUACGGACAACCUCUAUCAGACACGCAACACUUUCCGUCCCUCAUUUACCGCACGUAACGUCCGCGUCGUCCCUCUGCAGUGGCAUCGGAAGAUCGGCCUGAACGCGGAGCUCCUGGGCUGCUCGUACGUCAGAUAUCUUCCAGUGUUCCCCGUAGUCAAUGUGACAUCUCUGGUCACGCAGGAGGUUUUGUCCAGCAGACCCAAACCGGACAGAGAGGAUAUCCCAGAGCACCUGCCUCAGUCCGAUCUAGUGAAGCUGAUCAUCAUCGUGGUGGCAGCCGUGGGCUGUGUGGCCGUGUUACUGGUGUCCGUGAUCUGUGCCUUUAAAGUGCUGCAGAAGAAGAAGAGCAAAGAGAACAUGUACAACUCUGCAGAUCUUCCACAGACAGGUUGCUGGAAGCAGGUGAAACAUCCGUCUGCUAGGCAGCAGUCCACCGAAUUCACCUUCAGCUACAGCUCAGAGAAAGACCACAUGCCCAAAAUGGACCUGGUCACCAGUGACAUGGCAGACUACCAGCAGCCGCUGAUGCUUGGCGUCGGAACGGUGUCCAGGAAAGGUUCCACCUUUAGGCCCAUGGACACAGACAGUUCCAAGGACAACACCAACGAGGCCACGUCUCAUUACGACUACCUGCACACGGCCAAUCAAUACGCUCUCCCACUGACCAAUCAGGAGCCGGAGUACGCCACGCCCAUCAUCGAGCGCCACACCUUCCGGAAGGAUGCCUUCGUUCCGGAUCCCAGCUACAGCGUCCCCGGGGUUGUCCUCAGCAAGAGUUCCUCAUUUAAAAACACAGACAACAGCAAAUACAGAAAGGUGGUAGGAGGAAACGCGUCCGGGGGUUACCAGACACCCCAGACCAAACGGGACGGACCAAACCACUCAGAGGGGGCCAAACCUGGCAGAUCGAACCAUUCUGAAGAAGUUUACGACAGCCCUACGGGCAGGAAUCCUACAAUUCUUCAGAACGGAGGCUGUGCGGAGUAUCAGAGACCUCAGGCGAAGGGUUACUCGGCACCUCGAGACUACGUCCGGCUCAAUGCCGCCGUCACACAAAGACCGGACCCUGAGGGCUGCAGCCUGAGUGGAACCUGAACACGCGUGAACUUAUAGACCUGUUUCAUGUGACCUCAUUAAUAAAAACACCUCCAGGACCUUCUCAUAACUUAUUUUUAUACCAGAGUGAUACGGAUUUGUUUUAUAUAUAUGCUGAGAAAGAUGGACGCGAGGAAUCGUCUAUGCUGUGUGCUGUUUUUUUUUUUAACUGCUGUGCAAAUUGGAUUUAUUUUGUCUUAAGAGUUUUAUUGGUUUUAUUUUUUAAGGAACAGGGUUUGUUGAUGCUUUCGCCCUUUCUCUCUCUCUCUCUCUCUCUCUCUCUCUCAGCGACCUGAAAAUGUGUUUAACAUAGAAAAUCCAUUUUGAAGUUGACCUCUAUGCAUUUUGUGAUACAACAUGAUCCGCCAUCUCCAUUUCCUGAGCUACUUCUCUGUAGCUUCAUAGGAAGCUCUGAUGCAGCUCGAAGAGUCAAACUGAUCCCGACAGGAUGGGUCUCUUCUCACCGUUUGAUUCACUGACUUCCUGUUUCAAGGAGACACUUCCUCUGUUCCCCUGAGCCAUGUGCAGUGGUACUGUCAUGUCAGUGUAACGUUUUAUCGCGUGUACAUAUUCCCUGUACAGAUUUUGAAAUGUAUAUGGUGGAAAUAGGAUGGAAAGAAGACAGGCGUGGCUUAUUUAAAGCACCCACAAAGCUGCUGCUGGCGUGUAUUAAUGCUGCUGCAUUAAAGAGACAUUAAAGAGACGUGGAUGUGUGGUCUUUUUCCGGCAUGCAAUACUGAGCGAGUGAGUAAGAAUGUCUGACAUUGUUGAGAUGUUCCUGCGUGGUUCCUGUGUGAAGAGUUCAGCACCGAGACUCCCACCACUGCUCUUCAGCUGUGAGCAUAGUCGAGAAUGCAGCCUCAGCAGUUGACCUGGCUGUCUCAGGCUGUCUUAGCACUGUGAGAAUGUGUGUGUGUGUGUGUGUGUGUGUGUGCCAGCAGCAGCCGUGGUCCGUGAGAGCGACAUGCUGGAAACCUCCUACAUUCCACACACACGUCUGUAAAACAGAAGCACUGAUCUACUCACACUUCCUAAACACACAGGAUAUGCAUUAUGAGUUGGGAUAAAAACAGAACACACACACACACACUCUUUCUUCCUGCACUUCUGGUGAAAGCUUGACAAACAGCACACACACACUUGUGGAGUGUGUGUGUGUGUGUGUGUUGGAAUGUGGCAGUGUUGCAUCAGUCAUGAACAGCAGCUGACCUCCACUGACACCGCUGUUCAAGCCCACUAUUAAACUCCCAUUUAGCCGAUACAUACAGUUAAGUGCAAAAGUUUACACCCCCUCCCCUUGGUUUCUGAAUGAACACAAAAUGUAUUUAUUUAUUUAUUUUAAUUUUUUUUUUUAAUACAGCUUAUAUACGAAACAAUACAGAAAAUAAUUUGUAACGC